GUUCUUGGCUUCGGCUUUCGUCGUCGUUCAUCAAAACGAAACGAAUCAAGAUGGUAGUUCGCAAGGAGUGGAAGCGUUGCGCGUGAAAGGGGAACAUUUUAUGUGGUUAAUAUUCAGUGAAAUUCGUUCGAAAUACGUGAAAUUUAGCGAAAAGAAUACGAUUAACCAAAAAGCCAUUCGAGUUUCCGUGUGAAGUGGGAAGAAAGUGGGGAAAGUGAACUAAAUAUCGGUGAUCGAAGCAAUCCACGCCUUAACGCAACAGUCCGUUGCUUGGCAGGAUAGAAGUGCGCCGAAAAGUGAGUGAAGUGAAAAUUUCCCUUGGGGAGUGAAAAAGGGACUCCAGGAAGGGACAAUGGCACUUUUGAGCGGGGCUCGGCUUUGCGUCCUCCGGAAGAAGGGCGACGGUGUUAUCCGGGAGGUACCUAUUCGGACAAACUUUGUCAAAAUCGGCUCGGAAGUGCACUGCACCAUUCGGCUGAAGAGUGAGCUUACCGAGCAGCUGCAUUGUAAAAUAUUCGUCCGGAAUGAAAAGGUAAUGAUUGCAAACUAUUCCUCCAAAAAUCCGAUCACGGUUGACGGCAAAGUAAUCAACAAGCGAGGACCCUUGAGCGAUGGAAGUGUAAUCGAGGUAUGCGGAACUCGGUUCCGCUGGCAGUUCGAUGAAUCCCUUCUUCCGGCUCGAACGGAGAAAUCCAAAAAGGUCCAACCGACACCGACCAGUUCAAAGUUUGGCAAAUCCAGACGUACGACAAUGGCACUGAAAAAAGCACAGCCCAUCGAAGAAUCGGAGACAGUCACCGAAUCCAGCAGAAAAUCAGGUUCCAAAAAGUCUCAGAAAUCACCAACUUAUACUCUGCCUAAAAGCAACAAACAGUUAAUGAAAAACAUCAAAAAGCGAUUCACAAUGCACAGCGUGCUGGUAGAUCAUCAUUCAGACGAUGAGGACGACGAAGAAACGGACGAGGAUGAAAGUGAACAGAAUGAGAGUAGCGUUUCAUCACCUGAAGUUGUCGAACCUUUAGCCGAGACUCCCACGAAAUUGAUUACUCCUUCUUCAGUAUCAUCACCUGAAGUAGUCGAGUCUUUAACCGAGACUCCCAAGAAAUUGAUGACUCCCGAUGUGUCGAAGAACAAUACUCCCUUUUAUACACCAGAACCGGAGAAAGAAAAUCAAACACCUGUAACUAUUGGGAAAACUCCCCAAACUCCAAGGACUCCCGCUCUCGAAAAUUCGGCGAUGAUGAUCUUAUCUUAUACACCAGUCAUUGGUCCUCGUGUUAAAACAAACCUACAAAAAACGCCAUUAUCGAAGAAGAAAGCAGACACACCACAGCUGCGAUCAGGCUAUUUGACGCCUAAAAAUGACAAUAUAUUAGUAAGCAAUAUCGCUGCCAAGAGUCAAAGUGUAUCCAAGGUGGGCAACUCUAUGUACCUUAUUGAUCUUACAUCGCCAGCUACGGCCAACGACAGCAGUUUCGUCUACAGUCAGUCCGAUGGAUCUUUUUCGUCAUCAGCUGGUCUGAUCGAUCUUACGACUCCCCCUUCGAAAAAGUUGAGAACCCCGUCAUCUACGGUCGCAAAGUCUGCCCAGAAAGGUUUGUUACGGUCAGCGUUGAAAAACGCCAGCAAAACACCGCUCAGUGGGCUGCGCUCUCGUUUGGUGAAGGAAACUCCGAAAAGUGUCGCGAAAAUCAGACUCGAUGAGUCGAUUAUCAACACUCCAACGACGCCGGCUAAGGGCCAGAAGCGAAGCCGGCCAACAACUCCAGCAAGCACGACAACUAGCAAGCUUCACAGUCAAACGAGAACUCCAACGGUCGAUUCUCUGUCCAUAUCAAGCAAACCAGAAACACCAAAAACCAUCACAAAUUGUCAGGAUGAAACUUCCAAGGAGACACCGGUUAUGACCACCGAUGAUCUGUUCGAUACCUUAGUUGGCAGACCGUCUAUUAAGAAAACAUACACUCGCAAAUCUGAUUCCCCGAAGAAACAUCCCUUGCCGUUGGUUUCUGUCGAAGGUUCGAGUGAAUUACCGAAAACGGAUGUCGAUCUUUGGGUAGAAUCGGUUGUAACUGAGGCCACUAGCCCCCCGGCUGAACCUCUGGAGUCGUUUAUCAAGAAACCGAAUCGCACUACCCAGGUCCGAUCAUCUCAAUAUUCUGAUAUAACACCCCAUGAGUCAUUCACAGACCCCCAUAACGCAGUCCCAGUAGAUCCACAGGAAGCGACAAAUGAAAAAGAUGUUUCGGUGCCCCUUAGCGACGAUGAGCUCAUCAAUAUGGAUGACAAACCAAGCAUCCCUCAUGCGGCACGCAAGAGUCACACUCCUCUGGCAAGUAAGAUCGCUCGUUCAUUGGGCAACAAACGACAAACGAUCGGAAACUUCUUCACCAACAUGUUCGGGAAAUUGACCGUCAGUCCCGUCACUCGAGUCAGCAUUACCGACGAAAAUCCCAGCGAAGCAGUGGAAGAUCUGGAUCAUGACAACUCAGAACAUGAAUCUGAUGGCUCCGAAGAAGUCUAUCACGACAGUGAAUCGGACCACCCACAGGAAAUAGAAAAGCCGACCGAAGUUGCGAUGAAUCCUAGCCCAAAGCUACGCCAAUCGCUGAGGGAUACGAGAAAAUUUAUUGGGAAUGCUUUGACAUCGCUAAAUACGUCCAAACUGACCAUGGACAAUACGGCUGAAAUCGACGAAAGUCUUCUGUUGAGCGAUACCUACGAGGAGAACGUCACCAAUCAAACCGAAGCAGCGGAUGAGCAUUAUGAUCUUACCGAUUUGAGCGCCAUACCCGAUGCUACCCAAUCGAAUAUGUCCACUCCCGCAAAAUCAACAAGGAAGACGUUUUCGCGUGACUUCAGAGCUGAAAUAUCUCCCAUGGUUGGAAAUGAUAAUCGGUUCAUCCGGCAAGUUUCAACGCCAGCUGGAAGGAGAAGCACCCGACAGCGACCCGAUGUUGACAUUAGCCCUCUAGCUGUUCCGAUACGAGGUACGCCAGCUAAAAGUUCGCCGUCACGCGAAGCCAACUCCACGGAGACGGAACAAGAAACUUCAAUGCACGUAAACGACGAAACACAGGGGUCGUUUACUCCCGUUGCCAGCGGAAGUGCGCAGCUUGAAACUGUUACGGAUAUUGAUCAGAAUUCCCCGAUGGAUGUGGCAUCAGAAGAUAACGCCGCAAAUUCAUCAAACGCGUCGCGCCUGGAAUCCUCGUCUGCAGACCAUAGUUUUGUGAGUCCUGCAAAAGAAAUCGUCAGCCCCAGCCCUCUUUGCACUCGUCUUUCCAAGAGAGUAUCCAGGAGCUCGAGUGCCAACGCAACACAGCAUGAAGAACAAUCGAGCGCUGCAGAAGAAUUCGCCUCGGACGUUACAUCAGCUGAGCACAGCAAUAUAAAUCAAUCGCAAUUGAUUGAAUCAAUCAUUGGGCCAGAACAGCAAAACGAUUCAAUCAAUGAACCGAACGCCGAUGAUUCUAAUGCACAUGUUGAAAAUGUAAUGGAAAUUGUGGAAAGUGUUGCUACACCAACAGAAUCACCCGCCACAACUGCUCCAUCAACUCCACUGCCCGAGAUUAGAUCCAAGCGAAGCGCCAGACAAUCGAUUGCAGUUAUGGAUGGCAAAACAUCUACAGCUAGUGAAGAGAAUUCCAACAAAACGGUGCCUAUGAGCGAAUCCAAGCUGCCUCUGCGAGUACACAGGCUUACGAAACGCUCACCGUUAUCGGAAACUGAAACUGUCGAAUCUUCAAAUGCUUCCCCAGGCAGCAACAGUACUGUUACUGAGACUGUAACACAAGAUGUCGAUGAAGAAGAAGCCUCUCCGGUGCGGGAUGCGACUAAUGUCGAUAAUUCAGUACUCGAAGGGCAAACCACAGAUUAUAACGCAGUGGAGAGUCAAGAACAAUCCACUAGUUCUGAGACGGCAUUCGAAUCUCCCAUCCGUCGUGGAAGAAGUUCACUGAAACAAACUCAAACACCUGAGCGACUGAGUAUGACCGCGGAAAGGCAAGUGAGAAGACCUGCAAACGGAACGCCAUUAUUCAGGAAAGCUAUCUUUGCCAUGUGCACUCCAACUCGUACAUCGCGUAGCAGUGUCACUAAGGCAGCACCUCAGGAGGAAACCACAUCGCGAAUGUCGCGUUCUUCGAGACGCACAACUGUUGGUGAAAUGGCAUCCGUUGUAAACGAGGCUUCCCCAAUAGUAGUGGCUGAGGUCGACGAUCAUGUACCAGAGCAAUUGGAAGCAUCAGCGAUAAUUUCAUCUCCGGCUCAACAUACACCACGGACGAGGGGAAGCGUUUCGAAUGUUACAACUCCAGCAUCGACGCCUAGAACUCCUGCGUCCGUAAGGAAAUCUCUACUGACAACCAAGGCGGCAGGUUCCGCCACACCAACCACGAAAGUGGUAGAGCGAAAUGAUCUUUCGAUUGAUGAACAUGAAUCGGUUACGUCCACGGAGCAGUGUGCCAUUUGCGAAAUUACGGAAGGCGACGCAGUGUCGGAGCUAACAAGUUCAAAAGUAUCCCGUCGAUCGACUAUCGCUAGGAAAGAGACUACACCAGACCGCCAAGGUCUGAUUCAAGCUGAAAUCGAUGUUCAUAGUGAAUCCACAUCACAGGCAGAUCUUGAACAAUCUUCUCUCGGGCAAGCGGAAUGCGAUACGUCGUUGGUGGAACAGUUAUCUGAAUCUGUAGCAUCGCCGGUACACGCUGACCAAUCGAAAAAAUCAUCAUCUAUCAAAAGUACUCCUGCAUCCGCAAGGAAGUCCCUACGGAAAUCUUCAGAAUGCAUUCUCGCUCCGGGUGAGCAAAGCAUCCAAAUUGCUAAUGAGUCGAUCAAUACCCAGAACUUUGAAACGACUGCAACAGCGAUAGAUAACAGCUCGGCCCAUGAAGAGGUGUUGAACUCAAGCGGAAACACUAAAGAACUCGCAGUUGAUCAAUCCGGAUAUGAUGAAACUCCUGUCCGAGCAUCCCGAAGAUCAACGAUGAACAAAACACGUGAAUCGAUUGCCAUUCCAACACCGGCGGAGCAGACUUCACGAUCGCGACGAAGCUCAGCAAUACAAACGCUAACUUCUGCAAAGAAGCAAACGAGCGCUUGUGACGAGGAUAGUUCAUUCGUGGAACAUCAAAACACAAGCAUCCCUAAAGAUGGGUCUACCGAAGAUACGUUGAAUCGAUCGGUUCCCAAUGUUUCACUGGACCACCACACAAACGUCAAUGAAGAUGUCCAGGUGCAAAACGUUACAACUUCUGACGCUGAGCCUGAUUCGAGUCUGGACGACAACGACUUACAGGAGUCUAUGGCGAACCAAACACCGAUCAAAAAUACAUCGUGCACAAGAGGCAGACUUUCGAAAUCCGAUACACCUGUAUCCACCCCUGCCUCGGACUUACCCAAACAACUUGUCGCCAUCAAAACGCCAUCAUCUGUCAGAAAAUCCCUGUUGAAACCGUCACAACAGCUUGAACUUAUUCCUGAAAAAACUGUUGAUCAGGAUGAAAGCAUCAGCACAACUACGGACACUGUCACGCCUGUUAAGACUGUCGAUACCUCACGUUUGGAAUUAACGCCCAGAAGCGUGUGUCCGGUAACACCGAUAGGCCUGGACGUCGUGUUCAAAACUCCACGACCAGUGCGCGGUACACGAACGCCUCUUGCCACGUUGAAGAAAACUCCAGCAACUCCAGUGCCUCAAAGUAACGUAUCAGGCCAAACGGUCGGUAGACGUUCUACAAGACGCGGCUCUUCCAUGGGGAAGGUCAAUGACACCAACGAAGAUUGCCAGGAAAACCAAGCACCGGUUACUGAACUUUUCAGUUCUCCUAUCGGUAACAAAACAACUCCAACGAAACUCAAUUCCUCGGAUGCGAAUAUGUCUCCAUUCGUAGUGGAAGAAACGCCAAGAAAGACAGUUUCACCUUCAGAGGACGCUACUGAUGAAUGUGUAUCUGAAAAAGCAAGUUCGACUACGAGUUCCGUCGAGCUAUGUCCAGAUCUGCUGAAACAUUUGUGCGAGCGUGUCAUCACGUUGGAGCACGCGAUGGAAAACUUGGAAGAUCCGUCUCAACAAUCGAUGGAUGUCACAGCAGCCAACAGCACUGAAACGCUAGAGGGAAUCAAACAACUACUGGCAACUCCAGCAGCAACAUCUACGGUCCGCAAAAAGCUGCUAACCUCAUCCGCGCUGGCGGUGUUGAAUGAAACAGUUGAUUUGGAAGGCCUUGGAGAGCUGUUGAAAUCGCCUGCAGGGGAUGCGAUCGGAUCUGAAAUAAGAAAAGCACUGCGUUUGUCGACAACGUCCACUGAAUUGGAGGCCAUAGGUGAUGAAGAAAGUAAGGUGGAAGGUGUUCACGAUCUCAUGGAGACAACGGCGAAUUCCAAGCGUUCUCUUUCUGAGGUUAGUUCUACCAACGAAACUACUGAUGCAUCUGUAAACCUAGAAGGCGUUCAACAUCUGUUGAAAACUCCAGCAGCUUCCGUUUCUAAGAAACCUUCGAAAUCUGCAUUAUCCACCCCUUUGAAUGAAACGGUUAGUGACGCUACUGCGAACUUGGAAGGAAUGCAGCAAAUGCUGGCAACUCCGCAAACUGGUGGCGCCUCCAUCCCUGUUAGAUUCCGAAGUACAAGAAGCUCAACAGUCGCAUUGGAUAGCACCAUGCCGCUCGAAGGAGUUCACGAGCUAUUGAAAACUCCCGCAGUAUCCGCUUCCAACACAUCAUCCAUCGUGAACGAAACAAUUUGCGAUACAACUGCAGACUUGGAAGGAAUACAGCAAAUGCUGUCAACUCCGCAGGCUAGAGACGCCUCCAUGCCUGUGCGAACCCGAAAUACCAGAAGGUCAACAGCUGCAUUGGAUAGCACUUUGCAUCUCGAAGGAGUCCGUAAAUUGUUGCAAACACCAGUAGCAGCCCGAGUACUGCACGAUGAUUCGUGCAAGUUAGAAGGAGUUCAUGACCUGCUGAAAACUCCCGCUGUACACGCUUUCGACAAGUCCACCAGUGUAAAUGAAACGAGUUGCGAUGCUACUGCAGACUUGGAAGGAGUUCAGCAAAUGCUGGCAACUCCGCAUGCUGGUGACACCUCUUUGCCAGUUAGACUCCGAAGUACAAGGAGCUCAACAGCCGCAUUAGAUAGCACCUUGGCCCUCGAAGGAGUACGUAAACUGUUGCAAACGCCAGUAGCAGCCCGAGUACUGUCAAACGAUUCGUCCAACUUGGAAGGCAUACAUGAUCUAUUGAAAACUCCCGCUUUCAAUGAAUCAACUGCUGUAAAUGAAACAGUUUGCGAUACAACUGCGGACUUGGAUGGAUUACAGCAAAUGCAGGCAACUCCAAAUGUUAGUGUUGCAGCGUUUUCGGUAAGUGAAAUGGAUAACACUACAGAUCUGGAAGGAGUUAAACAUCUCUUGAAAACGCCAGUGGCGUCAAAUGAGUCGUACAGCUUGGAAGGAGUUCAACAGCUAGUGCAAACUCCUGCUGCAUCCAAAAAACUUACUCCAUCAUCGAAAUCGACUAUUGUUAAGGACAACAAACAACACAUGCCGACGACUCCGCACGAUGGCUCUAUGUCUAUGAAGCACCGUAGUACGAGAAGUUCAACAAGCGCGUUGAAUAGCACUGCGCACUUGGAUGGAGUUAAACAUCUCUUGAAGACUUCAGUGGCAGCGCGAGUAUUGCCAAAUGAUUCGUACAACUUGGAAGGAGUUCAAGAGCUGCUGCAAACGCCCGCCCCUACCGUCAGGAAAUCUAUGCGAACUUCAACUGCAAUCAAGACGCUAGAUUUGGCUGGCAAUUCGCCAAUCAUCACGAAUCAAACUGUAGAUACCUUAACCGCGUCCAUUUCAAAUGAACUGUUCGAUACGUCAGAGACAGAGCUAAAUGCUUCUACAACCGCACAAGUGGAAGACAUGACAGCAACAAAUGCAGAAGUAGUUGACUCAGCAAUUGAGCAGGUAGACCCCAAUAGCUCAACAUCUGCUUCAGACAGUGUCAAUUUGGAAGGCAUUCAGCAUUUGAUGAAAACUCCAAUUACGGCUAGAAAGUCUCUAAGAAAUUCGACACUGAAAACAUCGGAUGCAACUGUUGUGGAUAGCCCAAAUCUGACGGGAGUUCAAGAGUUGAUGACAACCCCUAUGGCGAAGUCGGCGACCAAAAACAAUGUUGCAGUGCCAAAAACUCCGGGCGUCGCUAACUUGGAAGGUGUUCAACAGUUGUUCAAAACUCCAGUGGCUCCAGUUUCGUCGCGUAAGCCUUUGAGGAGUUCUACAGUUAUAGAGCCGAUAAGAUUCGACGAGAGCAGUAUUUUGGAAGAAAGUCAACAGUCGGCAUCUCUGAACGAUUCCAGUAAAUUGGAAGCUGUCCAACAACUGAUGAAAACACCAGCAACUGUUGGAAAGUCAUUACGCUCGACUGUCUCAACCGAUGUGAACUCAUUGGUGCCCAACAGUCAAAAUUUGACCGGAGUGGGACAGCUCAUGACUACACCGCAGGCAUCAACUUCCAGAAGGGUGUCAAAGGUUCAACGAAUUGCUGCUGCUUCGAAUACAACGGAUCGUAAUGAGACCGUUGACAUGGAAGGAGUACAACAAUUGCUAACGACACCGAAUACGACCGCUGCGUUGAACAGUUCCGACGAUCUGGAUGGGCUUCAGCAAUUGUUAGGUACCCCAGUGACGGAAACCUCGCCAAACAAUUCAUGUAACCUAGAGGGUAUCCAACGAUUAAUGACGACUCCUGCUGCAUCAAAGAAAUCUCUGCGAAGCUCUGUCGCAGCGACCGAUUUGAACUUGACAGGAUUGCAGCAGCUGAUGGCCACACCGCAGGCAACAUCUACCGUAAAGAGAAGUACGACAGCCCCCAUAACGCCAAGUGUUGAUACCAACUUGGACGGUGUUCAGCAGAUGUUCAAAACUCCAGUUGCCCCGUCGGGUUCGCGCAAAAACAAGAGGUCAAACGCAACCACCAAAAUGAACCUUGACGAGAGCAUCAACUUUGAAGGACUCCAGCAGCUCUUGGGAACGCCGGUAGCGUCCACUCCGAUAGUAAGAUCGGCUAGGAAAAAGCAUAUGAACGAUUCAAAUCUAGAAGGAGUUGAACAACUACUGAAGAUGCCAGUCGCCAAUGUUGCUGCUGCAGACACGACUCCGACAAAUAAUGCUAGCACUUCUGCUCCAGUGGAAGCGCCAUCAACUCCGAUCCAGCCAGCUAGUUUGCGAAAGAAGGUUGAACUGGCCAGUCCUGUUGUGAAAGAAGCGGCAUCAAUAGAAGCAGUUGAUCAACUAAAUACUCCGCGUGAAUCCUCUACGGCGAAGACAGCACACAAAACCGCUCAGGGUAACUCUAUCAAUUUGAGCAGUGUACAGCACCUGUUCCAAACUCCAAAUCCACCUUCCACUGGGAAACGGCGAAAACAAAACACAAAGACAGCUGACGGUAAACGUGUUUUGGACAACAGUGUUGCUUUAGAAGACAUCAAAGAACUUUUGAGAACUCCUAUAGCGUCUACAACAACGAAGAAGUUGGAUGAUGCACCUCUGAACGAUACGGUCAAUAUGGAAGGACUUCAUCAACUUCUGGAAACGCCAGCUGAAAAGCAAACGUCCAAGCAAAUUGUGCUUGAAGAAUCCGUCAGUUUGGAGGGCGUUGAGCAGCUGCUGAAAACACCAACGGUAACUGAUAAAACUAGUGUCGUUGAAGCUGAUAAGCUCGAGAACAAGGUAGACUCUUCUGGAGUAUCCGGAGCUCCCUCGGACCGAAGUAGCGAUCUUUUCUCUCCCCCUGUCGACGAACAAACUUCUUCAGAUACUGUGAAUGUUGCCGGAAUUAUAGAAAUGCUGAAUUCUUCUGCACUCACCCCUGUCGAAGAUAAAUCGGGCGAAACACCUGUGGCGUCCACUUCAAACAGUAUUGAACAGAUCCAAGUCGAUGUCCCAUCACAAACGCCAAUUCCUACGAAGCUGGGCGUCAACAUCAGUGUAGCGGUUGCCACGGAAGUAGGCACUCCAACAACACAGAGAUUGAGACGUAAGCUAUACACCAAGAACGAUCCGGACGAUAAAACUCCCGAGCGAAUCAAGACAACCGUGGUACGACCUGUUACAAGCAACGAGUACCUGAAUAUAAUGGAUCCUAACUCGAUCGCCAAGGACGAAAGCAGUGAAGAAAAGCGAAAUCGUCUUGGCAAAAAGUUGACCAAACCAACGGAAGAGUUGACCGAUUCUGAGUCGGAAAGCAGCGAUUACGAAGAUGUGAAAGAUGUUGAACCGGUUCGCAAAAUUUUGCCGUCCAGAGCAUCGCGUAGAAAUAUAAAAACCUUAUCAGAAGAAGCACUGGCAGGAGCUUCUCCAGAGCUGAAAUACGUGAAACCAAAACCACCGAAAGUUAUUGAAGAGCCGACUCCUGUUACAGUAGUUACUACUGCCGAAGUGCUGCCAACAAUAAACGAGGACUCCGCUAUCAACAGUCAAGACUUGUCCGCUGGUCGAAGAAAAGUGAUGUUCAACGAAAACAUACAAAUCAAAGAAAUCAAUUCUCCGGCCAUUGUGGGGGAUAUUAUCCAAAAAGUGUCCCGAGGACGAGGUGGCAAACAUCAGAAAGUGGUUCAAGUUAUUGUCGAGCAGCAUUCGAUCAAGCCCGCCCGGCGAGAAAACAAACAGGAACAAAAGCCGGAUGAAUCCACUCCGGUUGAAGAACUGGAAACUGAUUCAUCUAAACGUACUCGUCGAGGCGUCAAGAGGGUCAAUUAUGCUGAGGAGAGCAUGGACAAGCCGAGUGAGGCCACAAAGCGUACCCGGCGGGGCGCAAAUAAGGCCGAUAACGCGGAAAAGAUCGUACUUGCAGCCGAUGCAACCGCUACAAAGACAGUUGAGGAUGAAAAUCCGAAACGUUCGAAGCGUGAAGCCGACGAUUCUUCUGAUCCGGCAACUGGAGUGGAGACAACAUCCAGUGUGAACGUGGAAGACACUUUCGAUAAGAAAACCCAUUCAACACCUUCGGAGAGUUCUCUGCCCGACGAGAAAAAUGCGGUUGAAGAGUCUACCACUAAUAGUACAACAAUGCAAACGAGUAAUACUGCAAGUACAACCAGCUUCUCGGGGGAAGUCAAAGAAGCCGAGGAAACUGAAGAAGAACCUAAGACAAAGCGAACACGACGGCCAGCUACAAAGUCCAAAGCGCCUAAGAAAGCUUCGUCGAGGGCUAGGUCAAAGAAAGCAGAUAGUGUGUCUGAAGAAAGUCAUGAUGAAGUAGCUGCUGAACCAAAUGUAUCAGAGAAUCCCACUGGAAAGGAGGAAAAAUCUGGUCCUAUUAUGAAUGAUAACGCUGGAAAAUCAAGCGUUGAUACGCAAGUUCUUCCGAAUGAUGCAGCAACUCCCUUGACAAAGGAUAAAGUUGACGAGUCUGAUAAGGUCGAUGAAGAUUCUGUUGCGAAACGUUCACGACGAACUGUUAAGAAAAAGCCAGAGCCACAGAAAUCGUCGGCGAGAGCCAAAUCUAAGAAAACCGAUACCGUGCAGGAAGAGGAAGUAUCUCAUGAAACACCUUCAACUCCAGAAGAAUCUGCCCAAGCUGUACCACCAGUGAACCAAGAGCUUUCUCAUCAUGCUGUAGAGGAUAUCACUGACACAAACGUAGAACCUGUAAUCAAACGGUCCAGGCGAGCACCGCAGAAGGCGACUAAGGAUAUCACACCAUCAGAAGCUACCGAUAUUGCAUUGCCAUCAUCUACUGAUGACAGUAAAACGCAUGAAGAAACGGAUGCUGCAGUUGUUUCUCCUAAACGUGUGGCGAAGAAGGGAUCGACUAGAACAGCCAAGAAAAAGACUGCUGAAUUGCCUUCAGAUUCUGCCGAAGCUAAAGCGGUUGAAUCGAAAGCAAGUGAGGCAACAGAGGAGGUGAAAGUGAAGCCUGCACCUCGAGCAACUGCUGCAAAGGGACGGCAACGACGAGGCGUUGCCACCAAAGUAAAAUCAAUUGAUGAUGUAGCUUCCAGUAUGGAACACCAGACUACUGCAGCAUCUACGGAGACUUCAACUGAAGUAGCCCUACCCACCGUACCUGUAGUGGAAGCACCGAUUGUCGAACAAGCUGUAGCAGAUUCUACUAGUCAAGAUGAACCACAGCCAGCACCUGCUAAACGAGGUCGCAACGCGAGAAAACCGGCAGCCAAAUCCAAGGUUCUUACCGCUGAGGCAUCCAAAGAUGAACAUGAGCAAAGUGAAGUAUCAACGAUGCCCCCUCCUGCUAUGAUAAUCACCCCAGAGCCGACUGCAGCUGCUUCAAAGAAACCUGCCAGAAGAGGUCGUCAAAAGGCUGUUGUAGAAGAACAGCAUCCAGAACUGCAUCACACCAUUGAAGAAUCGCUCAACGAAUCUCAUAUGGUGAAGACUAUGUUGCCAUCUUCGCACACAUCGACGCCACUGAUGCGGAUCGAAGAAGAGAAGCCCAAACUCACCAAAGGAGGACGUUCGCGAAAGCUCAACCCAGUUGUCGCUGCCUUGAUCGAAGAUGAUGCAAACACACCAAGUAGACGCUCUCCACGAAGCCUUCGGGCCGGCUCGGAAAGUAGAACGGAAGACAGCCAAUCCGUCGCUUCAACAUCAAAUACGAAACAGUCACGAGCUCGUGCUACAUCCAAAAUGAGCUCAGUAGACGAUUCACACGAGCAAAGCGAGAAAAAAGUGGCUACAAUCACUGAAGAAGAAACAACCGAGGAUAACGAGACAGCCGAUGCACUGCCAACCGGUAAGUCUCGAGCUCGAAGGAAUCCACCUACUAAACGAACACGCGGUAAAGCGGCCGAACAACCCGAAUCAGAAGAGCUUGAGGAAGUAGUACCCAAACGAAACCGAAAAGCUCCUGCCAAAUACCGAGAUGCUCAGCCGGAUAGCGGAACGAAAUCGGAAGACACCGAAGAAGCAAAUAUAGAACCUGCGAAGGCAUCUGCCCGUAGUCGUCGAGGUGCUAAAUCAACCAAACCCGCGCCAGAACCAACGGUGACGACGACAGAUGCAACCGAAACGAACGAUGAAUCGGAAGCCGUUGCUCAAUCUAAGCCAUCGAGAAGCCGAAAAGUAGCCACCAAACGGCCUGCAGCUACGCGGAAGAAGGUUGACGUAGAUACAGAGGACGAUGAAGCAUCUGUUGUCAAGCAGGCUCGCGAAGAUGAGGAACCGGUGGAAGCUACUAGCAGUCGCCGACGACCAUUGCGAACACGAAAGUAAGUUGUUAUGUGUCAAUCAGCUGUCUUGAAUGGAUCUCGUUAUGCUUCUCUAAGUUUUGUUAGUAUUCGUCGCCGUGUAGAGAUAUUUCAUAUGACCUUAUUUUAACUGUUAUUGGGUUUUUAUUUCUUUAUAUUUAACGAUAACCUAAGACCAUGUAUUUUAUAAAAGAACAAAUUAAAUAAUCGCUGGAUUUGUAUUGUCAUUUACUGAAAAA